GGCAACCAUGACAAACCCAAGCUCGAGCCCAGCAAUGUGAUCUCAAUCCUCAUCUCCUCCGAGUUCUUGAAGAUGGACACGUUAGUGGAGGAGUGCAUCCAGUACUGUCACAAGCACAUGAGUGCCAUCGUGGCCACACCCUGCAACAUGAACUGCAUCAACAGUAACCUGGCAGCGGACAUGUCUGACCUCUUCAGCCACAACGAGGCAGACGACAUCACGGACAGAAAAGACAAGUUCAAAAGUAAGUUAUUCCAGAAGAAAAUUGAGUGUCUCUUCGAUCCUGACUAUAAGAACCGGGACUCCCCAGGCAACGCAUCAACUCUGUACAGGUGUGGUCUGUGCCUGAAACUGCUGACCAAGGACACAGAGCGGAAGAUCUCCUGCAUCCCAGGGAAGAUCAACAUCAACCCUCGAGGAGACAUCACCUACACUCACAGCAGGCAGAAGAGAUGGGAGGUCUAUGAUCUAUCACUACCUCUGGUCUGUAGGCAGGAGAGAUGGGAGGUCUAUGAUCUAUCACUACCUCUGGUCUGUAGACAGAAGAGAUGGGAGGUCUAUGAUCUAUCACUACCUCUGGUCUGUAGACAGAAGAGAUGGGAGGUCUAUGAUCUAUCACUACCUCUGGUCUGUAGGCAGAAGAGAUGGGAGGUCUAUGAUCUAUCACUACCUCUGGUCUGUAGGCAGGAGAGAUGGGAGGUCCAUGAUCUAUCACUACCUCUGGUCUGUAGGCAGGAGAGAUGGGAGGUCUAUGAUCUAUCACUACCUCUGGUCUGUAGGCAGGAGAGAUGGGAGGUCUAUGAUCUAUCACUACCUCUGGUCUGUAGGCAGAAGAGAUGGGAGGUCCAUGAUUACAUGACAGGACUGUAUGAGGAGCUGAAGUCCUGGGUGCUGGUCUACUGGAGGAUCUGGGGAACCAUCAACCACCUCACCUGCUCCCACUGCCAACAGGUGUUUGUGUGUGCGGAGCUGUCCCACUGUCGGUAUCACCCAGAGGUUGUGUUGUACCCAGGCAUGGGGACAGAGCAGGGCUGGCACGGGACGGGCAUCUACCCCUGCUGCAACCAGAGGACGCUACGCUUUGACCCCACCGGCAUUCCCAAGGUAGGACCACACUCACACACUGACACACUGAAUCUUGUCAAAACGGUGUGUCUCUGUCUGUCUCAGGGCUGUAAGAUGCGGGACCACAUAGUGAACGCGUCAGACAGUGGAGACUGUACUGGGGACCACCAGGUAAACUCAGCCCAGACCAGACUGCUCAACGACCUGCUACUACACAGAGAGACAGUGUGUGUACCCAACACACCCCUACCAGAGACAGGGCCUGUAGACUCCCCCUCCAGUGGUUCAGAGAGGGGGGAGCGGGUACUGGACUGUGACAUCCUGGUAGAGCCGGGGCUUCUGGGACUUCAGAGAGUAGAGGGCACCACCUUUUCCCUGUUGAAAAACUGGAGCCGCCAACUGAGGCAGCAGACGCUGCUGUCUGAGGAUGAGGAGUAUACCACGGGGUCAGAGGUCACUGAGGAUGAGGUGGGGGAUGAAGAGGAGGCCAGCAAGAAACAAGGUAGAGUAAUUAGGCUCUCUAAUUGGUUUAUACUCUAAUUGGAAAAACUGUAUGGCUGAGAGGGAUGAGGCAAAGGAAAUAGCAAAUACGUCUGACAACACAGCAGAUUGGUAAACAUAGAAAUCACAUAACUAAACAAAAAGAAGAAACUAUACCAUGAAAAAAACUCAAGUGCAUUUAAUGAAAUUCUAGGCAAAAAAAAGUUAACUCAUCUGUCAUUGAGGCAGAUGACUUGUUCAUAACAAAACCUUUUAAUAUUACCAAACACUUUAAUCACUUUGUUGUUGACGAGAUUAGCAAACUUAGGUAUGACUUGCAAAUAACAAAUGCUGAGCCUUCAUAUUCAUGCUAGUGGUUAGAGUGUAGGGACGGCAGGUUAGCCUAGUGGUUAGAGUGUAGGGACGGCAGGUUAGCCUAGUGGUUAGAGUGUAGGGACGGCAGGUUAGCCUAGUGGUUAGAGUGUAGGGACGGCAGGUUAGCCUAGUGGUUAGAGUGUAGGGACGGCAGGUUAGCCUAGUGGUUAGAGUGUAGGGACGGCAGGUUAGCCUAGUGGUUAGAGUGUAGGGACGGCAGGUUAGCCUAGUGGUUAGAGUGUAGGGGCGGCAGGUUAGCCUAGUGGUUAGAGUGUAGGGACGGCAGGUUAGCCUAGUGGUUAGAGUGUAGGGACGGCAGGUUAGCCUAGUGGUUAGAGCGUUGGACUAGUAACUGGAAGGGACCAAAUAAUGAAAGACAAGCACUGUAGUUUUCAGUUCCACAAAGUGGGUGUGGAAGAGGUGAACAAAAUGGUUGCUAAUCUAUAAAUAAGGACAAACCACCUGGUACCGACUACCUGGAUGGUAAAUUGCUAAGAUUUGUAGUGGAAUACAUUGUGACUCUUAUUGCCCACAUCUUCAAUUUAAGUCUAGAAGACGGUGUGCCCUCAGACAUCGAGAGGGGGCAAAGGUCAUUCAGCUACCCAAGAAUAGCAGAGUACCCUUUUAAUGGUUCAAACAGCCGAUCAAUCAGUCUGUUAGAAGUGCUUAGCAAACUUUUGGAAAAGAUUGUCUGACCAAAUACAAAGAAAUUUUACAGAAAAUUAAUUAACAACAGACUUUCAGCAUGCUUAUAGGGAAGGGUACUCAACAUGCUUAGCACUGACACAAAGGACUGAUGCUU